AUCUCGCAUGGGAGGCUGGACAGGAAGGGGUGCUGACCAGUGCAGAAUGGGGGCCAUGCUGUGGCUGCUGCUGCUGCCCGUGUCCCUGCUGUGGGCUGGAACCCUGCAAGUGGAACAGGAGUUCAACCUCCGAGUGCCAAAGCUGGUGACAGUGCAGGAGGGCCUGUGUGUCUCAGUGCCCUGCACCUUCUCCUACCCUCAGUACAAGAUGGGGGCCUCCCACCAGCUCUACAUCUACUGGUUCAAGAGUGGGUACAAGACAAACCAGUAUCCUGUGGCUACAAACGACCCAAACGUAAAGGUGGAAACAGACACCAGGGGCCGGUUCCGGCUCCUUGAGCAUUCAAAGAGCGUCAACUGUUCUCUGCACAUCAGCGAUGCCAAGCGUGGGGACAGAGGGAGCUACUUUUUCCACAUAGAGGGAACAGGGAAUACAAGAUACACUUACAGAGAGACCAGGCUGACGCUGGAGGUGACAGCUCUGAUGGAAAAGCCAGUGAUCCGCUCUCCAGAGCAUCUGCCAUCUGGCCGCCUGGCACAGCUGACCUGUGGUCUUCCAGGACACUGCGAAGGGGGCCGGCCUCUCACCUUCUCCUGGACCGGGGAUUUCCUGAAGUCCACAUACCCCAGGAAUACCCACAGCCCUGUGCUCACCCUCGCCCCGCAGGCAGAGGACCACAACACUAGCCUCACCUGUCAGGUGGAACUGCAAGGAAGUCGUGAACGUACAGAGAGAACCAUCCUGCUCAACGUCUCCUAUCUCCCUCAGCUGCUGGGCCCCUCCUGCUCCUGGGGGGCUGAGGGGCUGCACUGCACCUGUGCCUCCCGAGCCUGGCCAGCCCCCACCCUGCAGUGGCGGCUGGGGGAGGCGCUGCUGGCGGAGGGCAGCGGCAACACCUCAGUCGCUAUCACCUCCAGCUCUGCUGGGCUGUGGGUCAACAGCUCCCUGAGCCUCCGCCAGAUGUUCAGCUCCAGCCUGGAGCUCAGCUGCCAGGCCCAGAACGUGCGCGGAUCCCAGAGCGCCCUGAUCCUGCUGCUGCCAGGGAAGCCAGUGCCCAGGUCAGAGGCUCCGCUGGCUCUGGCCGCCCUUGGAGGUGCUGGGGCCACCACCCUGCUGGGUCUAUGUCUGUGCCUAAUUUUCUUCUGCAUAGUGAAGAUGUACAGGCUUUGCACAACUGGGAGACCACAGGGCACAGAGGAUGAAGACCCUGUGAUGGGUACGGUCAGCUGGGGAUCCAAGCAGAAGCCCUCACCAGACAACCCUGGGGGCCAGGCAUCACCUGUUGUCACUGAUCCACAGGAACUCCAUUAUGCUUCUCUCAGCUUUGGUGGGAUGAGCUUUCAAAAGUCUUGAGACCAGAGAGUCACAGAAAACAGAGAGUACUUAAAGAUCAAGACAAGCAAGUGGGGAGGGCCUCGGAGUUCAUCCCUGGCCCCAGGGCCCGUCUGACCAGAAGUCAGAGGUGAACCAUGGAAGCACCCAGAGCCCCGGAGACAGCAGUAACUUCUGUCAGAGCAUCCUCAAGCAGAGCAGAACUAGAGGACACCUGGUGGAUUGGACAGACAGGCUCUAGCACUUUCUAAGGCAUGGCUUUUGUGAGUUCUUGCAAGGAUUUAUUUUAGCAAAACAAGAGAAGGUAGGGAGAAAUGGUCAGACAAACAUUUCAAUGCUACACCCAGGUAUCUUGAUAUCCAGGUUUAAGUUAAUACAUACUCUCUCAUCAAUAAAAAGCAGAGGCUGGGGAACCCUAGGAAUCACUGGGCUGAUCUAGGGCCCUCUCUGGCCUUUCUUGACAA